AUGGAGGUCGACCGCACUCGCACUCGGCGGGAGAGGACAUUCGUUGGUAGUGAAUGCGCCGUCUGUGAAGAGCCGUUGGAGCAUACUUUGCGCGGAGAGCGUAUUCUCCAAUUAUCAUGUAGUCAUGUGUCCCACGAAGCAUGCUUCUAUGAGUAUAUUCGCGAAAUCGACUCGCAAUACUGCCCGACCUGCAAUGCGCCGCUAGGUUUAGAUGCGAGUCGAGGUGGAAAUGUUUUAGAUGUCGCACCCAGUGAGGGUGGUAGCCGGUAUAAUGGUCCAGCACAAUCGACCUUUAGUCGUCAAGAUAGCCAGCGAGACAGUCGCGACACUAUUGGACAGAGAGAGCGCGUCGAACGGUUAACUGCAGCUUCCCACGCCCACGCCCACCACUCCCACUCCAACUCCAACUCUCAUGCUCCUUCCGCCUCCGCCUCCGCUUCCCGACAGCCCCAUUCCCGCAAUGGUAGUGCCGCGGGCUCGUCAGGCGACUAUCACAACGAUGGUCAGCAUACGAGUAGCGGACGCCGCCAUGACUAUGAUGUGCAAGCGAUGGAAUCCGACCUUAGCCCCCGUCCCGGAGUUGCGAAGAAUCCUAUCCCCGCCCCAAUUGUGACGGUGCGAAGCGAGUUCCCCACCAUGAACCGAUCUCGCCAGCAACAAUCCCUUACUUGCUUGAUCACCGUGGAGGUACCGGAAGGCAACUGGCGCCCUGAUGCGGAGGAUCUCCGACAUACUCCCUCUGGCCAAUCGCAGCCCGAUGAGCCAUUCUCUGCCCGAUUUGGAGGCUCACAAGAUGCUCGAUCUCUGCAAUAUGAACCCGUUGAGAACAUGGAUGAGAUUGCGGAGGAGCUGAGGAACCGGGUGGAUAAUUGGCACGGACUCGAGUUUCAACGAUUUGGCAAGCUCCGCCUGCACGGACAAAUGCGCGUUGGCAAGGAUCGGGAGUCAUGGCAAGAAUUAGAAUGCUAUCUCUUCGGGGAGAUGCUCAUUUGCGUCAAGGAGAAGAAGAUUGCCGACUCCCGCAACCAAUACGAGGAGUCGAAGCCCAGGACUCGGUGCACUCUGAAGGGUUCAAUCCUAAUCAAGAAGCACUUGAAAUCGAUCGAAUCUGCCUCCGACGAACCCGUUCUGACUCUCAACCUUUCCGUGAGCGAAUUGCCUUGCUUCUUCCUACGUUUCCCGAACCGCAACCAGCUUGAGAUGUGGCGCCGUUCGCUGAUUGACUUGCAUCCGGUGGAGAAUAUCUCUCGCCAUAAUGACUAUGAUUUGGAUAAUUCGGGCGCCGAGGAAGAUGACUACCGCACCAGCCGUAUUCAGCGACAGGCGUCCAUCAACUCUUCAUAUGGCGCUGGCAAGUCCAACAACACCGCCAUCACUGACUACACCAACCCUGACAUGGAGAGGCCAUCUAUCGAUUCAUUCCAUAUUCCCCUCGACCUCGUCGUGGUUAUCCCUGUGUCCUCGUCUAUGCAGGGCCUCAAGAUCACUCUUCUCCGCGACGCUCUUAAGUUCCUUGUGCAAAACUUGGGCUCCCGAGACCGUAUGGGCUUGGUGACAUUUGGCUCGAGCGGCGGCGGUGUUCCUUUGGUGGGCAUGACCACCAAGUCUUGGAACGGAUGGAACAAGAUUCUGGACUCUAUUCGGCCCGUGGGCCAGAAGAGUCUCCGUGCUGACGUGGUGGAGGGAGCUAAUGUAGCCAUGGAUCUGCUGAUGCAGCGCAAGUUUAAUAACCCGGUUUCGACUAUCCUGCUCAUUAGCGACUCGUCGACCUCUGACGUGGAAAGUGUUGAUUUCGUCGUAUCUCGGGCUGAAGCUGCCAAGGUCAGCAUUCAUUCUUUCGGCCUUGGUUUGACCCAUAAGCCGGACACGAUGAUCGAGCUGUCAACUCGUACCAAGGGUUCUUACCUCUACGUGAAGGAUUGGAUGAUGUUGCGGGAGUGUGUUGCUGGAUGCCUGGGCGCUCUGCAAACCACUUCACACCAGAAUGUCAAGUUGAAGCUGCGCUUGCCGGAAGGCUCGCCGGCCAAAUUUGUCAAGAUUAGCGGUGCCCUGCAUACCACAAAGCGUGCCACUGGCAAGGACGCCGAGGCCGCGUUGGGAGAUCUUCGAUUCGGUGAUAAACGUGAUGUCCUGGUGCAACUGGUCAUCCAGCCAGACAAUGCCACUCAAGACAACAUGCCCCAAGAUCCUUGGGAGAGUCUAGUUUCGGGUCUGGAGGCCCUCGGUGGGGGUAUUGAUGGGGAUGAGCAACGGGUUCUGAGCGUCGAGGAGGUACCACUGAUCCAAGCCGAUCUUACCUAUGGUGACCUCCUCCGCGACGGCCAUCUCACACACUCGCCUCGCCCAUCUCUCCUGGCUAUAACGAUGCUCCCUCCAAACCCUAGAGCCAAAGGCAGUCGCCCGACGACCCCUCCCAUCCCACCCCACCCAUCGAUCGUGCAACGCCGCAUGGAGCUCCUCACAUCCGACAUGUUAACCCGGUCCCUGACUCUCGUUUCCCGCGGCCAGCAUGAUCGAGGUCAACAUCUGCUCAAUGAAACAAGGAGUAUCCUGAAGGGUCUCGGCAAGGGCGGUCUCCCCCCUCUACCCCCAGGAGCCCCCCGCUCAGGAACCAGCGACUCAGGCAGCCGCACCGACACGCCGAACUCGGCCUCCCCAACACCCUCAUCAAGCUUCGCUGAAAGCCAUGCCUCCUCAGUCUCGGACGCGAAUACCAUCACACCGAGCUCCUCUGUCGAUGCCCAGACCAUGAUUGCACUGAACGCGGACCUCGACUCGGCCCUUGAGUGGAUUAACCACCCCGCUGUUUUCAGCCGUGAUUCUCGAAAGGCCGUGUUACAGAGCAUCGGAGUGAUCUCUUCUCAGCGCGCUUAUACCUACCGCACUCCCUCAGAGGGACACUGGGCUCAGCGCAUUUCUGGCGUGCGACGAUUGACGGAUAAAUCUAAGGAUUGGCGUGAGAUGGGCGAUGAUGCGUUGACGGAGGAGUGA